AUGUUAAACCUCUCCGCGACUCUCUCCGUAUUCAAAUUAUUCUUUAAUCCGUCACUAUGUCUGCCGCACAGCACCGUGUCGAAUUUCAGCCAGCUACCCAUUCCGCUCUCUCGCGCUUUUAUUCGCAACGAAAAGGCAAAGGAGCCAGAUAUUCGUGCAGUCGUCCUGGACAAGGACGAUUGCUUUGCGAUUCCACACCACAAUGAGAUAUACAAAGACUACGAGUCCACCUUCCGCCUCCUCCGGGAAACUUAUCCCGGCCGCAAGCUCCUCAUUGUAAGCAAUUCCGCAGGCACCACGACAGAAGAUCCGUCUGGGCGAGAAGCCAGUAUUCUCGAAGCAGCUACAGACGUGCCUGUAUUACGGCACUCGACCAAAAAACCCGGCUGCGGCGCACAAAUCAUGUCCUAUUUCCAACAACACAGCGCCGAAACAGGCGUGACGCAUCCAUCGCAGAUUGCGAUUGUCGGGGACCGAUUGCUUACAGAUGUCAUGAUGGCGAAUGAUAUGGGCGCAUGGGGCGUGUGGAUCAAAGAUGGCGUUGUCCCGGAGGAUAAGAAGAGCGUGUUUUCAAAAUUCGAAAAGAAGCUCCACGGAUACCUCACUCGGAGAGGCUACGCGCCGCCUACGCCGCAGAGUCCGUUUGAAUAG